GCACUUUGUAUACCAAACACCUUCGCUUGCCAUCCACACUGACGAGUAGGAUAAACUUGUGUCGUGAACAGGCAAAACUGGGACUCACUGCCUUCAGGAAGUUCCUCAGAAACCAAGGACUCUGGGAACUUUUCUGAUGGGCCUGAAAACAUGGUAGGAGUCCACAGGGGGGCCCCUUGUUAACCUGUUGUGCCUGAUUUAUGUCCUGCCCUCAUUUUGUAAAGGCGUUGUAUCCAGGGGUGCCACCUGGGCCUCUGGGGUUGUACUUGUCUAUGUGACCCUGACUGCCCUGACCCUGCACCAGCCCUGGAAGGGCUUCAACCUGCUGGCCAGAGUCCUGCCGUGCCUGAACUGACGCCUCAGGUCAGUUAGCAUGGUUUACAUCACCCAAGGCGGAGGCCACCUGGCUUUCUGAGAUGGACUUCUGCAGUUAUGGGAGUGAUGGGAACCGGCUAAACUUCAGACCCGUAGCAGGCGUGACUGAAACCACAGUGCAGGACGGUCUUGCCUCUUCACACGCAGUCUUACUGGUAAUUUUUCUGUGAAGAAGCCUCAGCCCAGAGGGUGAGUGGUGCAGAAGUUAAUAGAGAGGUGAUAAGCAUUAACGGAGCAGGCUGCGGCUGGCUCCCCUUCCGAAGGUCUGUUUGCAAGGUUGACCCUGGGCUGCUGUCUGGGAGCUUAGAUUUCAGGUAGGUUCUCACCGCUCCUGCGUGCCGUACACCUGCUUCUCCUGAGAGUCUGGAGUUCUGAUAGGUGUUAGGCAGAGGCCAACAUCAUGACCAGCACCCAGUGAAAAUUGUAGGUAGUCCCAACUCAUUGCUGGAAGAAGUCAGGGUGUCCUUUGUGACUACGCUGGGAAAUGACUGGGAAACUCACACCUGGGUUCCUCUGGACUUCGCUCCGUGUGUCUUUUUCCUUUGCUGCUUUUAUUCCUAGCCUUUCGCUGAACUAACUCACAGCUGUGAGUUCAAGUGUGUGCUCCGUCCUGCGACUGUCCUAGUGAAUCAUCUAACUGAGGGGUGGUUAGGGCACAAGGAGGGCUUCUUGGGUGUUGGUGGGGUUCUCGUUCUCAGUCUGAGUGUUGUUUACAUGGGGCAUGUUUACAGUUUGUGAAAAUGUGCCGCUAGGAUGUGAAAAUUGUCCUGUGGAGUCUUCCAAAUAUUAGUGAAAAGCUAAAAUAGAGUACACUUGAUGGGGAUUUUUAAAAAAAUGAUGAUUAAAAGCAAAAACCCUUGCUUUUACUCAGCAACCAUUUCGGUAAUACCCGCACCAGCCACGCAUGCUGCACUGCCAGUUGGCAUGAGGUGCUGUCUUCGUUGCACCAGCCUAAGUGGGGGCCUGGUCAGGAGGAGCUUGUGCUCUGAUUGUCGCUACUCAGAGACCGUCCACCUUCGUGUUCUGCUGUCCCAGGGUUGUCAGUCAAGGGCCUUCGGAAUGGGCGCAGGCGGGAGCUGGGUGCUGUGGCAGACUGGGAGGGUUGGUCAGUCCAGAGUGGUUGGCACCUCGGAUUAUUUCAGAAAAAGCCACAAAUCUGAAUUUUUGUGUGAGCCACCUUUAUUUAUUUUUUUUUGUAACUGUAUUUAUUUUGCCUAAUUUGAAAGGCAGAGAGAGAGAAAGAGAGAUUCUCUAUCCUCUGUUCACUCCCCGCAUGUCCACAACAGCCAGAGCUAGGCCAAGCCAGAGCCAGAAGCCAGGGACUCAAGUAGCUGAGCGGUGACCUGUGGCCUCCCAGGGUGUGCAUUAGCGGGAAGCUGGACUGAAGCAGAGGUGGGACUUGAAGCCAGGCACUUUGACAGGGAAUGCAAGUGUCCCCAAGCCCAGCUUGAGCUCUCUUUGCUGUGAAUGAAUUCAAAUUUUCAAAGUGGAAAACCACACCAAACAGCCUGCAGCUCAGCUGUGGCUGUGACCUGCCCGUCUCUAGGCAUUCUCCCAGCCAGCCUCCCUCUCCCGCGUCCUCUAUUUUAGGCACUUGGGAAGGCGAGCCAGGCAGCUUUCCCGCGUCCCGUAGCGGGCUCCAGUGUGUGUAGGAAUCACCUGGGCAGAUUCUGACCUGGGAGAGCUGGAGCAGGCCUGAAGCUCCAGGUGAUGGUGAUGCUGCUGGCUCCUGGACGGUGCUUUGAGCGGCGUUGCUGUGUAAUGCAGAGCCCUGGAGGGGACCAGAGGCGUCCCGUGAAGGUGCCUGCUUUCACUUAGAUUCCAGUUUAUUCGGGGUGGCUCGCCCGAGGGCCCGGGGCAGGCAGGCGGCUGCCCUGCAGGUCAGCUGUGGCUCUCUUAAACUGCCUCUAGGCGCUGCGGGGUCUCUACUCUUGGGAAAAACUUGCCCGAGGGAGCGUGUGAACCGCAGGAGCGGCCCGGCUCCCCAGUAAGGGAGAAGCCCUGAACGAAUUCCCCUCUACCCGGGGCUGGGGCUCGGCCUCCCCAGGCCGGGGACGCUUUCCCAGGAGAGCCCACGUGUCUACCGUCGGCGCCUUGCUGUCAAUCAAGUGUUUUCCUGCCCGGGUCCGGGCUGACGGGCGGGCGGUGCGGAGCGCUCCCAUGGUCCCGCGCGGCGGGCGGGUUUGGAUUUUAAAUCCCCGCGGCCAAUCAGUGGCGCGCAGGCUGUUGUAACGUUCCCAGCGCCGCGUUUGAAUUCGGGGAGGAGCAGUGCGGUGCAGAGCCUCUGCCCCGACCCUGCCAGGUCCGCCGAGCAGCCCCGGGAGCAUGAGUGCAGCGCUGAGUGCAGCAAAGCUGGCGCGGGCGCCGGCCGACCCAGGGAAGGCUGGCGGCCCCGGAGUGGCAGCUCCCGGAGCACCGGCAGCUGCUCCGCCGGCCAAAGAGAUCCCCGAGGUCCUGGUGGACCCACGCAGCCGGCGGCGCUAUGUGCGGGGCCGCUUUCUGGGCAAGGGCGGCUUCGCCAAAUGCUUCGAGAUCUCCGAUGCGGACACCAAGGAGGUGUUCGCCGGCAAGAUCGUGCCCAAGUCUCUGCUGCUCAAGCCGCACCAGAAGGAGAAAAUGUCCAUGGAGAUCUCCAUUCACCGCAGCCUGGCCCACCAGCACGUCGUCGGCUUCCACGGCUUUUUCGAGGACAGCGACUUCGUGUUCGUGGUGUUGGAGCUCUGCCGCCGCAGGUCUCUCCUGGAGCUGCACAAGAGGAGGAAAGCGCUGACGGAGCCCGAGGCCCGCUACUACCUGCGGCAGAUCGUCCUUGGCUGCCAGUACCUGCACCGAAACCGGGUCAUCCACCGGGACCUCAAACUGGGGAACCUCUUCCUGAAUGAGGACCUGGAGGUGAAAAUAGGGGAUUUUGGGCUGGCAACCAAAGUUGAAUAUGACGGAGAACGGAAGAAGACCCUGUGUGGGACUCCCAACUACAUAGCUCCCGAGGUGCUGAGCAAGAAAGGGCACAGUUUCGAGGUGGACGUGUGGUCCAUCGGCUGCAUCAUGUAUACCUUGUUAGUGGGCAAACCACCUUUUGAGACUUCUUGCCUAAAAGAGACCUACCUCCGGAUUAAGAAGAAUGAAUACAGCAUUCCUAAGCACAUCAACCCUGUGGCUGCGUCCCUCAUCCAGAAGAUGCUGCAGACAGACCCCUCUGCCCGCCCGACCAUUAACGAGCUGCUCAGUGACGAGUUCUUCACUUCCGGCUACAUCCCUGCCCGGCUGCCCAUCACCUGCCUCACCAUUCCACCCAGGUUCUCAAUCGCUCCCAGCAGCCUGGACCCCAGCAGCCGGAAGCCUCUCACCGUCCUUAAUAAAGGCUUGGAGAACCCCUUGCCGGAACGUCCCCGGGAGAAAGAGGAACCUGUGGUCCGGGAGACGAAUGAGGCGGUGGAGUGCCACCUCAGUGACAUGCUGCAGCAGCUGCACAGUGUGAACGCCUCCAAGCCCUCCGAGCGCGGGCUGGUGCGGCAAGAGGAGGCCGAGGAUCCCGCCUGCAUCCCCAUCUUCUGGGUCAGCAAGUGGGUGGACUACUCGGACAAGUAUGGCCUCGGCUACCAGCUGUGUGACAACAGCGUGGGGGUGCUCUUCAACGACUCCACCCGCCUGAUCCUCUACAACGACGGCGACAGCCUGCAGUACAUAGAGCGAGACGGCACCGAGUCCUACCUCACCGUGAGUUCCCACCCCAACUCCCUGAUGAAGAAGAUCACCCUCCUGAAGUACUUCCGCAAUUACAUGAGCGAGCACUUGCUGAAGGCAGGCGCCAACAUCACGCCGCGGGAAGGCGACGAGCUGGCCCGGCUGCCCUACCUGCGGACCUGGUUCCGCACCCGCAGCGCCAUCAUCCUGCACCUCAGCAAUGGCACCGUGCAGAUCAACUUCUUCCAGGAUCACACCAAGCUCAUCCUGUGCCCCCUGAUGGCUGCUGUGACCUACAUCGAUGAGAAGCGGGACUUCCGCACGUACCGCCUGAGCCUCCUGGAGGAGUACGGCUGCUGCAAGGAGCUGGCCAGCCGUCUGCGCUACGCCCGCACCAUGGUGGACAAGCUGCUGAGCUCACGCUCCGCCAGCAACCGCCUCAAGGCCUCCUCCUAGGCCCCCCAGCCCCUCCGGACUGGUGCCCCUUCACCCCCAUCUGCACCCGGGGCUGCACUGGUUGGCGCCCAUGGUGCUGUUUCCGUAAUGUGCCCCCCAGCCCUGGGGGCUGGGCCGAGAGCCACAUCAACGUGGAGGUGGGGUUGCUGUGUAAGUUAUUUUUGUACAUGUUCGGGUGCGGGUUCGGUAGCCUCUUCCCCUUCCCUCUCAACCCCGCCGUAUGAAUUGUACAGAAUAUUUCUAUUGAAUUUGGGACUGUCCUUUGACUUUAUAUACAUUAAACAUAUGUGAAUCUUC